GUCAUCGCAUGGCAGCAACUGCGCUGAGACAGAGCUGAAGCUGUGUGGUCUGAAAAGGCCAAGUGGCUGGGAGGGGAGGAGGCAGGCGGGCUCCUGCAGGAAUCUCUCUUAUCCUUGUUCUCAGAAGCUGUUGACUUUGUGACUACCACACACACAUCCUGGAUUAUAGCUCACUGACAAAAUCAGGAUGACAAAAGAGGCUGGCGAACCCAGCUGAGACCACAUAGAGAUGACAAAGCAAAAGCAUCUGCUUGAUGGGACACUCUCCUUGCUACUGCUCGUGGCCUGUGAAGCUCAGCAGCUCCCCAAAAGUCAUGUUGCCACAAGUUCCAGUCCUCUGUGUGAGAAGGAGGCCAAGUCCUGGGAAGGCCUUUUCAGUAGUGARCGGCUGGACGCCUGGGUCUGUUCCCUCAUCGCCUCACUCAUGGUGGGGCUGAGUGGGGUCUUCCCCUUGCUGGUGAUUCCUUUUGAGACGGGAGCUGCUCUGCACUCAGAAGCUGGAUCACAUCGUUUGAAGCAGUUUUUGAGCUUUGCAAUUGGUGGGCUACUGGGGAAUGUGUUUCUGCAUCUGCUUCCUGAAGCUUGGGCCUACACAUGCAGUGCAGCAGCAGGAGAAGGGCAGAGCUUUCAGCAGCAGAAACUUCUUGGUCUGUGGGUGAUCAUUGGUCUCCUGACCUUCCUGGCAUUAGAGAAGAUCUUCCUAGAGAAAGAAGAGGAUUGCCCGGGUGUGGGUUCUGGUUGUAAAGCACCAGAGGGGAAGAUUUCCAAUGGAAGUAGUUUUCCCCUUCAGAAGGUGGCAGGCAGACCCCAAAAAGCGGGAAUGGUUUCAGCUCAGUGUAAUGGCUCCUCUUUCCAGUCUCGUCCAACAGACAACAGGAUCAAGAUUAGUGGAUACCUCAAUCUGUUGGCCAACACCAUUGAUAAUUUUACACACGGCCUAGCAGUAGCAGCCAGCUUCCUGGUGAGCAGAAAGGUUGGGCUCCUAACCACAACAGCAAUUCUCCUGCAUGAAAUCCCACAUGAGGUAGGGGACUUUGCAAUCCUACUUCGGGCUGGGUUUGAUCGUUGGAGUGCAGCCAAGAUGCAGCUAUCCACAGCAUUAGGGGGGAUUCUAGGAACCUGCUUUGCAAUAUGUGCUCAGUCUCCAAAAGGAGCAGGAGAAACAGUUGCCUGGAUCCUCCCUUUCACUUCUGGAGGAUUUUUGUAUAUUGCCUUGGUAAAUGUUGUACCUGAUCUCCUGGAGGAAAAGAAUCCUUGGAACUCCCUACAGCAAGUUCUACUCCUGUGUACAGGCAUUAUAGUCAUGGUGCUGCUCUCACUCACAACAGAGUGACUUCUGCACAGACCUCGCGACUCCUCUCAGAGCCACUGCAGUGACUCUGAGCUGCCAAAGCAAUAAGAACACUAAUGUUACUUCCUGCGCGUGCACGUGUGGAUCUGGCUGCUAGUAUGAGAAGCAAGUGAGAAAGAGGUCUGGGUGUGCAGGCCUUUAUUCCCUGGCUCUCCUAUCCCUAUUCUGCUAAAAUCCUACACCUCAGAGCUUCCUCUUUUAUGGAGCAAAAGAUGGUAUGAGCAGAAAAGAGCUGAACAACGGCUCCACGGAGAAUGGACAGUAUUUCAUUCAGUUCAUUAUGAUGGAACUGAAAGCUGUUGCGUGAAAAUGAGACAUGAUCCCUGUAACUGAUGAAGAGGUGAAGAGGAAGGACGUGUUCUACCACUCAAAGYGUUGAAGACGGAACAGGGAUGGCAAAACAACAAUAAAUUAACAGCUUUAACUAGAACUCUCUACCAUUGGGAGUUAUGCCGCUAGGAAAUCCUGCAUUGUAGACAGUGGGGGAAAGGUCUCUUUCCAAUUCAAUCUCUGGCUCUUCAUUGAGACCACUUGUUUCUAAAGGUACCAUUAGCCUUGGUAGUCCAACUUUUUGGCAUAUUUUGUAUUGAUUUAUGUUGAAAUUGAGCCAGAAACUUGAGGCAUUUUGGGGUCGUUCACAAGUGGCUCAGUGUGAAGAUUAUUUGCCUCAGCCCUAACCACUCCAGUAACCAGCAUGGCAUAGCUGUUCAUCAGAAAAAUGGUCAGCAAGUAUUUCUUCUAUUGCUAGACUAUCAGCUCACCUAUAUCUGGAAGGAAAGUCAUGGAGUUGCUGCUACUGACUUCCCUCCCCACCUCAUCCCCUUAAGCAUUAGCUGAGUGUGGUCCUGAGCCUGCUCUCGACCUGUCUCCCCAACCAGCUUCCCCAAGCCAAGUUUCAGAGCUCUCUUGAGGUGGAAAGAUUGGCAUGUUAGCCCUGUCCAGCAUGCUAGAGCAGCCCGAGGCUGAAGUUUGGGCAAGGGCUGAACACAACACCUUCGGUCAGCUAGAGGUAACCCAAUGCUGGCUCUUCCUCUGCUCAAUGUAGGAUGUUUAGGAACAUGCUGUAACCAAAAAAAAAAAAAAAAAAAAAAAAAA